CCGAGACUCCCGUAUCAAUCAAUGUGUUUUGCGAAUCCGACCGGAGUGGACGUUUCGUUUCAGUUUCGCUCGGGAAAGUAGUGAAAAUUUAAAGGACCGCGCGCGUUGGGAAUCUUUACUCGGUGUUCGGCAUUGGGACGUUUACCAAGACACGUGUUCUUCCGAGGACACUCUGGAAAGGAAUCAUGGCGGUCCAGAAACUGCGGAUAAUCUGGAUACUGGUGGCGAUCGCCAUCGAACAGACGUGUGGUAUUUACGAUCCACGAACCAACUCUGGUCCAAACAUGAACAUGAUGCCCCAAAUUCAUGGCGAUUACAGUAAGGUCCAUACGCACAAGUCACGAGCGUACGAACCAAAUUACGCACGAAGUGAUCACAAUCUACACUACCAUUCAUCCGCUUCCAAUCAACAGCCCGUUUUUGCACCAGUAGCAACGACAACUGCCAAAAUAGAACCCUUAUAUCAAAAGCAACGAGCCGAGAAGUUACAGUCAUCCUAUACCGGUUACGGCAACGAAAAUGCAAUCCUAGAUGCUAGUAAUCCUAAACUAAAUAACGGGCAAAGGGCUGAAAAUGUCGACAGCUUCACUGGACUGCAGUGCCCUCCACACCAGUCAGGGCAGUUCGUGUACAUUAUGGAUUGCCGACAAUAUCUCAACUGUUGGAAAGGUCGGGGCUACAUACAGAGCUGCGCACCAGGAACGUUGUUCAACCCGGACACGAGACAGUGUGAUCAGCCUUCUAAAGUUAACUGCAUUACGUCCAGCACUAUGGAAGGCUACAGCUUGGCCAGACUUAGGAAACCGAAAAGUUCCCAGUCGGCGUCCUACGUUCAGGAAGAUUAUGACGAUCGUGGGUACGGGCAGCCAACCGGCAUUCUUGAAGUGCGAUGUCCACCGGAUGUUAUAGGUCUGAAAGCACAUCCCACGGACUGUAGAAAAUUUUUGAACUGUAAUAACGGUGCCACAGUGGUACAAGAUUGUGGACCUGGAACAGCAUUCAAUCCAGCUAUAUCGGUGUGUGACCACAUUUACAAAGUUGAUUGCAACAGAAAUGAAAACCUGAUUCACCAUGGUCCAACUCAACCAACCAAUCCUGAUGCGGAAGAAAUCGAUGUUGAAACUGUUACCUAUGACAUCGAUGUACGCUUCCGGGAGGAUGACGAGCCAGAGGUGAGCUCCAUCCCAAGUAUUCUUCUCCAGCAACCAAGGCCAAUCUAUCAGCGUCCAGCGCCCAGUGACUUACGACCAGUUUACGUAGCUCCUCCAACAACCCCCCCACCUACCACGACUCCAAAGAUGAACCAGGUCAAUGCAAGAUACAAUCCAACAUACUAUCAAUCAAAAGUCACUCCAAACCCACGAGAGUUGUCAGCUGGCUCAACGGAACUACCUCUUAGUGAAGCUCUGAAAAUGCUCCUGAAGCCAUAUAUGGGGAACAAGGACGUCGAAAUGAACAUGACCGGUCUGAACACCAAGAUGAGCUCUACAACCCCAGCCAGUCAAGCAGCAGACCUUAACGUUUUGGGCCUAAAUCACAGUCCAAAACCAUCCAAUAAAACUUCCGCUUAUAUUGCAUCUCCAUACGAAAUCAACUCCCAGCUUGGUGGUUAUCAAUCAGUGGUCUACGGUAUGCCAACCUACAGACCUCCAGCACCGUUCCAUCCCUCAUUCAACCAUCAGAACUUUAACCGUCAACACGCUUCGUCACCAUUUGUUCCUCAGCAGCAUCAGCAGAAGCAACAACCCCCACAAUUCUAUCCCGUCUUCCGGCCACGUUCCACCACACCCACCCCGGCCAUUAGCAGUCGAUUUGGCGAAGGCUCCUCUCAGUGGCGUCCAAUGGCUACGGUUACGACAACUCAACGCCCAACGACAACCGCGGAUCCUUGCGAGGGAAAAUUCCUUUGCGGCAACGGAAGAUGUAUCGAUCAGGCCAAGGUCUGCAAUGGUAAAAACGACUGCGCAAAUCGUGCCGACGAAGGCAACUGUACUCAUCUUGGAUACGAAGUUCGUCUAUCGAACAAACACCACGGACGAGUCGAGGUAAAGAUCAAGGACAAGUGGGGCUACGUCUGCGACGAUAACUUCAGCUUGGAAGCCGCUAACGUGCUUUGUCGGGAGCUCGGUUAUGAGACUGGAGCCUUGGAGCUGAAACCUCACUCGCAUUAUCCACCCAACGCUGCCUUGAUGAAGGACGGUAACCCAGUGUUCAUCAUGGACGAAGUUCGGUGCAGCGGGAACGAGACUUCGCUUAGGGAAUGUGACUUUGCCGGGUGGGGUGUUCACGAUUGUAACGGCGAGGAAGUUCUGGGUGUGGUUUGCAAGACUCCGAAGAUGACCUGCCCGUUAGAUUACUGGCUGUGCGAUACGUCGGCGGAAUGCGUUCCCGUGGGUUUCCUGUGCGACAACGUCAACGACUGCGCCGAUGGAUCAGACGAAAGCAUAGCACAUUGCAAUGCUCCAUUGGAGAUGAGACUAGUGGAUGGACCAACAAUACAGGAAGGUCGCGUCGAAGUAAAAUACCGCGGAAUCUGGGGAACAAUUUGCGAUGACGACUUCGGUAUCCACGAGGCGCGCGUAGUCUGCCGUCAGCUAGGGUUCAACGGUACGGCAGAAGUGCGAAAGAACAAGUACAAACAGGGUACGGGUCAGAUUUGGUUGGAUCAGGUGGCUUGUAAUGGUAACGAAACAUCGGUUGACGAUUGCAUCCACUGGCACUGGGGGGAGCACAACUGUGGCCAUGGUGAAGAUGUGGGAGUGAGGUGUGGGCUGACGCAAUCUCCAAGACCAACAUUGGCACAGCUUCGGGCAGCGUCCAAGUCAUUCAAGUUUGAUUUCGUCGAGAAGUCUAGUAAAAUCUAUCCGGAUAGCUGCGGGCAGCUGCUGAUCGAUCCAGGACUUACGAAACCGACAUACGGUGCCCGAGUCGUUCACGGUGGUGAAACAGUUUAUGGCCAUCAUCCGUGGCAGGCGGCAUUAAGAGCAAAGAAACAGGGAAAAUCGGUGCACUGGUGUGGAGCCGUAUUGAUUUCCAAAUAUCACAUUUUGACGGCAGCGCAUUGUUUGGUCGGUUACACUAAGGGAACAUACAUGGUCCGUAUCGGUGAUCACAAUACGGAGGCGUUGGAGCAAGCUGAGAUCGAUAUUUUCAUAGAAGAUUAUUUCAUUCACGAGCAAUUCCGGGUGGGACAUCACAUGAACAACGACAUUGCCCUAGUGCUUUUGAAGACACCGAUCCGGUUCAGCGAGUAUGUCCAACCGGUUUGUCUUCCGACGAAGAAUCAACCGUAUCAGGAGGGAAUGAAUUGCACCAUUUCCGGAUGGGGUUCGUCGCAGUUCGGUUCGAAAGUACACUCCCUGGAGCUUCGAGCAGCCAAGGUUCCUCUGCUUUCGGAAGCCACAUGCAGCCAACCGGAAGUGUAUGGUGUCAACAUAACCGAGGGAAUGUUCUGCGCCGGUAAGCUGGACGGCGGCGUGGACGCUUGCGAGGGCGACUCCGGUGGACCGUUGGUGUGCGCCAGUAGCCGUGGUCACACACUUUACGGACUCAUUUCCUGGGGUAUGCAUUGCGGCUACGCGAACAAACCGGGAGUCUACGUCAAGGUGUCUCACUAUCUGGAUUGGAUCGAUCAAAAGCUGAAGCAAUCGCUACACUUGUACGGAGUGUAGUCGCCGAGUGCCUUCAUCUUAACGCCCAUACCAAAGUGAAAUACUCAGACUUAGGGAGUACUCUAUAUAUAGAAUUAAAAAUCCACACGCAGAAUGUUACCGUUUUACAAGAAUAAAAUAACUUUUUUUUACUAUUUUACACACAAUUCAAUAA